GAUUAGGAUACUUCUAUUUUUGAAAACCGCGUAAUUGUGUGUGUUUAUAAGUUAUAACCCAGAUCUUGUAGGUAAAAAAUUGUGAUCAACUUGGGUAUUAUUUACCCGUGAAUUUGACAAGCAAUUUUUACCAAACCCUGUUUAUCAAACUAACAUCUACUAUGUUUUCCAUGGGAAGAACUGGACUCUUUGAUCUCGAAAAACACUUCGCUUUCUACGGAUCAUAUCACUCCAAUCCAAUCAACAUAGCAAUUCACGUCUUAUUCGUUUGGCCUAUUUUCUUCUCUGCAAUUCUCAUACUCUACUUCACACCCCGCUUUUUCGACCUCCCCAAUUUCGACUUUUUUCUAUUCGGUAACCUCCAUUUUGUUUUGGUUUGGAAUUUUGGGUUCUUGGUUACUUUGGUUUACUCGGUUUUUUAUGCUAGUUUGGAUCUCAAAGCUGGUUCUUUGGCUGCUUUGCUUUGUGUUUUUUGUUGGGUUCUAAGUAGUUUUCUUGCUCGUCAACUUGGUUGGACUCUAGCUUGGAAGGUUGUUCUGGUGGUUCAGCUGGUAUGUUGGAUAGGACAGUUCAUUGGUCAUGGAGUAUUUGAGAAACGAGCGCCUGCUCUUUUGGAUAACCUCAUUCAGGCCUUAGUAAUGGCUCCUUUCUUUGUAUUGCUCGAGGCUCUCCAGACUCUAUUUGGUUAUGAACCAUAUCCAGGAUUUCAUUCAAUUGUGCAAGCAAAAGUUGAAGCUAAUAUCGAGGAAUGGAAAGAAAGUAAGCUGAGACUAAUUUCAUAGCUUCUGCUUGGAUUUGUGUAUCUUUAAUAAUUGUUUGAUGUUAAAUGAUCUCACAUCAACAAAGGAAUAAUAAAAAGCUACAGAUGAUCAUGUAUAUAUUACAAAGGUAUUCAUGCUUUUUCAGGAUAAUUAAUUCCUCAUCUGUUUUCAUAGAAAUUAUAAUUUAUUAGCCAUACAUCUUUGUGAAGAAAACAGCAAUACCAUUGUUAUGCUAAAUUAUGUUUUCUGAUAGAAGCAUCAGAUCUGUUUGUUAAGAAGUGAAUAAAGAAAUUCAUUGGCAGUGAAUGAAUGAAUGCGCUUGAAUUAA